GACACAGAUGGCUACUCCGGUGGGUUCUGAGUAGAACUGGGGAAGGAGCCAGUGACGGGGUGUGGGGGGGCUUUGGGAAACGGUGUUGCGGGGUGCAGCUCCCAGGCCGCUUGGCCUGAGAGGGCGGGGAGGUGACCUGAGCCUCCUGGGGCUGUUUGGGGAGGCCACCCAGCAACUGGGACCUUCUCUUGAAGGGUGCAGCGGGCCCCACGGGUCCAGAGGAUGCCCUCCCACCCCUGCCCCUGGCCAGACCUGUUCCAGUGACGCCAGCCCGGAGCCACAGAAGCACCGCCAGUCUUUCCCAUCCCGUCUUCCAGCUGGAGGGCCCGGCCCAGCAGCCGCAAGCCUGGUGGGUCUGGCAAAGUCGCGUCGUAGGCACCCAGCGUCGCUUUCAGACAGAUUCAAGAGCCCCGGAUCUCCAGGCCCCGGAGUUCCAGCCCAAAUCUGCUCUCGGAAGGGCUAUGCCUCUUGCCCCCGCCCACCCAUCCCCUUCCACAGGGGGGACUUCCCCAAUUUGCUUCCUGUUUUCGGUUUCCCACUACUUGGCUUCAUCGGAGACGCCUCUAGAAAGCAUUGGGUACAAACUUCCUUCUGUCUGGGGAGAGCGCUGAGGGAGGGUCCCGGGCUGUCUGCCAGGCCUCCCCGAGGACGAGGACGAAGAGGACGGUGCGGUGAGGAGCCAGCCGGCCCAGAGUCCGCACUCUUCAGGCGCCCGGGGCCCAGGACAGUGUCUGAGUCACAGCGCUUGACCGCCGUGGAGUAGGUGCCGGCUUCUCCUGGACAAGGGCCCGUCCUUACUACCCAUUUGCAGGGCGCCGUCCGAGGGCGGACCUUCUCCGGAGACCAGAGGCAGCUCCCCGGGGGUGGAUUCCCAGGUGGCGUCCAUGGAUCCUGGCCCUGGGGACGAGGGCGCGGCGCUGGCCAUCUCCCCUCUGCGGUCGGGUGAGAAGUUCCACCUGUUUGUGAGCUACAGCAGCGUGGACGCUGUGUGGACGCGCGGGCUCAUCGGCCGGCUGGAGGCCGACCUCCCGGGGCUGCGGGUCUGCCUGCACGAGCGGGACUUCACCCCGGGCCGGAAUGUCCUGGAGAACAUGGCCGAGUGCAUCCAGCAGAGCCAGAAAGUGCUGCUGGUGCUGAGCCAGGACUUCGUGCGGAGCCGGUGGUGCCUCCUGGAGGCCGACCUGUCUCUCUUCGGCUACUGCCUGGAGAGGAAGCCGGUCAUCCCCGUCCUGCUGCGGCCCUGCCAGGUCCCGCUGCACCUCAGCCACCUGACCUACCUGGAGGCCACGGACAGCCGCUUCUACCGCAAGCUGGGGCAGCUGCUGUGCAACGCCAGCCACCGCCUGGAGUGCGCCCUGCCCGCCCGGCGCCCGGCGCCCGCCCUCUACAGUGGGAAGGCCCUGCUGAGCCUAAGCUGCAUCAACAGGGACAGCCUGCCCUCGUGGAAGGUGGGGUCCUUCAGCACCCUCGUCAUCCCUGACCCCCUGAAGGAGGUGCUAGAGGACCCCGAGGUCUACAGGCACGCCCUGGGCAUCCUGAACGGCGUGCGGUCCCCCAGGUCCUGCCUCCGCUACGUGGGCUGCAGGGUCCCGCUGGGCGUCUUCCUGAUCAUCCUCUCCUUGACGGCGUUCGUUCUCCCCGUCGUUCUGGGGCUGCAGAGAAGCCCGCCGGCCGAGCGCUUCUACCUAGUGUCCGCCACGGGCUUUUUCUGCCCUCUGCUCAUCGUCCUGGGCGUGAACGCCCUGUGCUGGUUCCGGAGGUUCUCUCGGGAGAAGAUGCGGGAGCUGGCGCUCCGGGUGGGCGAGGCCAACGUGCUGCUGGCGCCCCACUCGCUGCUGAUGGGCUGCGACACCAUGAACAAGCUCUACUUCGUGUACGUGCUGCUGGAGGACUGCCGCCGGGUCUUCCUGCGGGCCCCCGACGGCGAGGCCCUGUUCCGAGAGGCCCUGCUGCGCUUCUCUUCCAGCUACACUUGCUGCGUGGCCCACGCGCACUUCCCCGCCUGGGAGGACGCCCAGGGGACUCCGGGCCACCUGGAGCUGGGCCUGUGCUUCUGCCAGUUCGUGUCUCUGCAGCUGAAGACACCCCAGGGUCUUGGGGUUAACCCCGUGUGAUGGCAGGAGGGGCUCCCGGGCCGUGGCUGUGGACGUGGCCUCCCCGAGGCCCAGGUGGCGCACACAGGACCUCACAUCUGGUCAGGACACUCGCCCUGCAGCCCUCACACUGGCCCAAGGGCCCCACGGGCUGCUCUGAAGGCACAGUGACCAUGUCAGCCCAGCUGGCCCGACCGUUUGGAAAGGGGCUCUUUGACGAGACUACCUGAGAGCAGGCUGGGGAGGCAGCAGGUCCUCUUAGGGUCUAGCCCGCUCCUCGGGAAGAGCUCGUGCCUGCUGCUGUCGACACGGCAGGUUACCGUCCUGGGGGGACCAGGGCCGACGCGCCGGCUCCCUGUGGCCCUCUCCCUGAGCAGCGUUUACAGACACCUGCCCCUCCUCCCAGGACACGUGGGGGCGCUGGCGGUGUGUGGGGACACCAGGGCGCCGACACACACACUCAUGCCUUUGCCCAUGCCGUCGACUCUGGGAGCUCGUGGGGGGCCCCCUGCAGCCCCACUGUGGCUGGGAAUGAGAAGGCCAGCGUGUGUCCUCAGCACGGACACCCGGUCAGACCCGCGUCUGCUCCUUCCCUGUCUCAGCCUGUCCGCAGCCUCGCUUUCCCAGAGGAGGGUGGCUGUAGCCAGGUGAUGCUUUCUCCAACCUUGUCCCCUCACCCAGAAGGCUGGCUUCCCGAGUGCAGACCCACCCUGGGGUUUCUGGUCAUCUGCAGACGCUCUCCCCAUGAGAACAGAGUGAGGUCUGCAGACAAGAACAUGAAACACGUGAGCUGGUUUUGGCUGUGGGGUCGGAGCAGGGGACGCUACGACCCGGCCCCCUCUGCUCUGUGCCCUGGGUGGGGUUGAGACCCUCGCACUCCAUGCCCAUGCCCAUGUAAGAAUCAGUUGGGCUCCACAGAGGUCCCUCGGCUCCAGCAGAGAGCUAGGGCCAGACUUUGGAAAUGGGGGGUAGCUGGGGCGCUGCCAGAGCCUCGGCUCAUCUGUCUCUAAAUGUGCAGGUGGCAGGGACUCUCCCGCUACAUUUGAAGUCAGUGCCAGGCCCAUGUCCCCAGCCCCUUGGUGCCCUUGGGCCCGUGGCCAGGUGCUGCUCUGGCAAGUAUUUGGCUUAGGCUGGUUUGCUGACUCGAAAUCUCGGGCCCCAGACCACAGCCACGGGGCAGCAAGUCCCUCAGUGACCCCCGAGCAGCCCUUCUGGUCAACCGUGUACCUGCCUGCAGAGACCUUCUCACGGGCCCCUUAGACAGGACCUCACCUCACUCCACCCCACGGAGCUUACCAAACCCUGCUCUUGUCGUUUGAGCUGACCCGUCUGGUCCUAGCUCAGGAGCCCCAGAGCACGCCACCCAGAGACCCUGGGAGCUGUGAUCCUGCCUCGUCUGCGUAGGCCAUGACCACACUGCCUUGACAUGGCCUCUCCGGGCAGGCGCGCACCACCCCCAGGACCCGCCAGCAGCAGACUUCUCUAUUUCAACUUCUCUCGUGGAAGUGCAGCAGAUCCCGUGGUCUGUUGCUAAACCAAAAGUCCCCACCCAGCAGCCUGGAUACACUUAACACGUGUUCGUGGAACAUGGAGGCUGGACUGUUCUCGUCUUUCCUGGGCCCAGGACAGCACAGGGAGGAGCCUGGCCAGAGGCAGCUGGCCGGGGGGCAGAGAAGGGAGGGGCUCUGGGCAAGAGGACAGUGUGAGGAAAGGCACAAGGUAGGACCCCAGGUCACAAGAGUAGCUGCCCAGGAGGGUCCCUCGAACCCAGGGCUCACUGGGUGAACUUUGGGUGCCAGAGAUUUCUUGGGGGCAGUGCUUGGCACCGGGAUCCACUCCAAGGGGUGCCAGCACCUGGUCUCUGAGAUGUCCAAAGCAGGGCACCUGGUCUGGGCCCCAGGCUGAGAAAGAGCCUCCCAGGAACAGUGGGGACCCUCCAGCCCCCACAGUAGUGGCAUGGGAUGAGGACCCAACAGCCCCAUCCAUACCCACUCUAAGCCAGGGCCAAACCCCCAGAGGGUACCCACGGCUCUCACAGGGUUAGGGUUAGGCUCUGUCUUGGGACGGUCCCUGGGGGCCUGCGAGCCAAGGCCUAGCUGCGGGCAGGGACGCCCCCGCUCCUCGGGCAAGCUGCGUGGUGAUGGCGAUCGCCCCACCCUACAGCGCUGUGCGGGCCAGAGACAGUAGACAGACAAAAAGAGAGGACAAAGAAGUCCUGUCCCUUCAAAGGCCAUGAUUUUUAAGGUCAUGAAAUAACACACUUGUGCACACAAUAAAGAGAAAAGGCCUA